AUGGCGUCCCGGCUGCUGGACCGCUUGAAGCGCUCGCUCUUUAAAGGCGAUCAGGGGGCGGGGCCUGAGCAGGAAGCUGGGGCGGGGCCUGAGCAGGAAGCUGCGGGCGGAGCGGCGGCGGAGCGGGGGCGGAGCGAGGACCGCUGGGAGGCGGAGCUCGAAGAGGAGGACGAGUGCGUGACGGAGCGACUCGGCGGCACGCUGUCCUUCGACAGCCGUGGCGAGGCGGAGGAUGAGGCGGAGGGGGAGGGGUCGGGGCUGGACAGCGACUCGGACUUCCUGGGAGAAUCCAUAGAGGAGGGGCUUAGCAGUACAGACGCCAGUCCUGUCGGCCCCUCCCCCUCCGGCCCGCUGACUCGGCAGCUGCAGGACAGCUGGCGGAGCCUGCGUGGGCUGGGCGGAGGAAGCCCCGCCCACAAGAUGCAUCGCCAGGCGGACGGUUUGUCGUUUGAGGUGACGGACGCCAGCGUGGUGCAGGACGGCUCCUCCAAGUACGUGCUCUACACCGUCCACGUGGUCCAGUCCGGCGGCAGCGACAAGACCCCGGCCGUCAUCACCCGCCGCUAUUCCGACUUCCGCCGGCUGCACGCCACCCUCCGCCGUCGCCACGGGGACCAGAUGGAGCGCGUGGUCUUCCCGCGUAAGAAGAUGCGCAAGAACUUCACGGCCGAGACCAUCGCCAAGCGCAGCCGCGCCUUCGAACAGUACCUGUCUCACCUGUGCGCCCUCUCUGGCCUCGGGGGGGCGCUGUGUGUGCGGCAGUUCUUCUACCUGGCCGACCUGCAGACUGGACAGCUGCUCAUCAGGGUGGGGCGGUACCAGGAGGCCCUGGGUCCGCUGCUCAACGCCAAGAGGCUCCAGGACAAACUGGGCGGGGCCAUCCCCUGCGAUCCUGACUGUCCGGCCCCGCCUCCCCCGGGCUCCUCCCACUGGCUGUUCACGCUGGUGGGACUCGCCUGUUGCUUCCAGGAAGUGGACCAGCAGGAGGAGGCCCGGGACCACGUGGACCGCGCCCUCCGCCUCCUGGCCCCCGCCGGCGAGAAGCCAGGUCCGGACAGGCCGCACCCACUCCUGCUGCCGCUCUUACGGGCCGCGGUGCGCCUGUCCUGGCAGACGGGGAGGGACAAGCGGCGGUGGGAGGAGCUUCUGCGGGCGCUGGAGGAGCAGUGGGCGGGGCUUGGCGAUCAGCCAAGCAUCAAGGAGUUUCUGGUCAAAUGUGACCUGCAGGAAGACCAGGAGGAGGUCUAGUCGCACGUGCACGCCCGUUAACAACAAACAUUCCUUUUAUUACACUUUUUAUUAUGAUUGCUAGAUGUCAUAUUUCCAUUAUUUUGAAGAAAAACGGGAUAUUUUCUAUUGGAUGUUAAACGGAUUGUAAAUAAAUAUUAUUAUCAUAGUU